GUACCACGUGGGAAGGAUUUAGCUGUGUCGAUGAGGUAAACAACAUCUGUGUAGCUCGGCUGUAUUUGCUCAAUUUAAUUUCCUUUUGGACAAGCUUUGAGAAUAAGCCUGAAAGUUUAUUUUGUAUAGCGUGUUUCUAGACCAUGCCCCACAACCCCGAUCAUCCUCCGGCGAAGAAAUUUAAGCCGGGGUCUCCUUUUUUCCGUCUCGACAAGAAGCCUGGGAUGCUGCUACCUAGAAAGGGAAAUGCAUCGGUACCAAUAGACGUGCAAAGGAAAAAUCUUCCUAUUUACCAGGCGAAGUCUCAACUCAUUAACCAACUUAGACAGCUUCAUAAUGCUGUCUUGAUAGGUGAGACUGGUUCUGGGAAGACCACCCAGAUCCCUCAGUACUUGUAUGAAGCUGGCAUCGGGCGACAGGGCAUAGUUGCAGUCACACAGCCCCGCCGAGUGGCAGCUAUCUCCCUGGCAUCGAGGGUGGCAGAGGAGAAGAGAACUCAACUGGGGAAGCUGGUUGGCUACACGGUGCGAUUCGAGGAUGUCACCUCCUCAGAGACAAAGCUAAAGUUCAUGACAGACGGUAUGCUCCUGCGGGAGGCCAUAGGAGACCCAUUACUGCUGCGCUACACUGUGGUGGUGCUGGAUGAGGCUCACGAGCGCACGGUGCACACUGACGUGUUGUUUGGAGUGGUGAAGGCUGCCCAGCGCAAACGUAGAGAACAGAACAAGAUCCCCCUCAAGGUGAUCGUGAUGUCAGCCACCAUGGAUGUGGACCUCUUCUCUCAGUACUUCAACAAGUCUCCUGUGCUGUACCUGGAGGGCAGGCAGCACCCCAUCCAGGUCUACUACACCAAGCAGCCCCAGUCUGACUAUCUGCAGGCUGCACUGGUCUCAGUCUUCCAGAUCCAUCAGGAAGCCCCUGCGUCACAUGACAUCCUGGUGUUCAUGACGGGUCAGGAGGAGAUAGAGGCGCUGGCCCGUACCUGCCGUGACAUCGCCAAGCACCUCCCUGACGGCUGUGGUCCCAUGACCGUCAUCCCCCUGUACGCCUCCCUGCCCCCUGCUCAGCAGCUCAGGGUCUUCCAGCCCGCACCUAAGGGUUGUAGGAAGGUAAUUCUCUCAACCAACAUUGCUGAGACGUCGAUCACCAUCUCGGGGAUCAAAUACGUAAUUGAUACAGGCAUGGUGAAAGCGAAACGCUUCAACCCAGAGAGUGGUCUGGAGGUGUUAGCAGUACAGCGCGUAUCUAAAGCCCAGGCGUGGCAGAGGGCGGGCAGGGCUGGCAGAGAGGACUCAGGCUCUGUCUACCGUCUCUACACCGAGGACGAGUUUGACAACCUCAUCCCCAUGACCGUGCCUGAGAUACAGAGGUGUAACCUGGCCAGUGUCAUGCUGCAGCUUCUGGCUCUGGGGAUUCCUGACGUGAUGAACUUUGACUUCAUGUCUAAGCCUUCUCCUGAGGCGAUGCGUACGGCGGUGGAGCAGCUGCAUCUGCUAGGGGCUGUGGAGAGGAAAGAUGAGCAGGUCACCCUCACUCCUCUGGGCAAGAAGAUGGCCAGCUUCCCCCUGGAGCCACGCUAUGCCAAGACCAUCCUGCUGUCGCCAGACUUCCAGUGUUCUGAGGAGGUGCUGACCAUCGUGUCUCUGCUGUCGGUGGACACGGUGCUCUACAACCCCCCCGCACGCCGAGAGGAGUGUCUUGCCGCACGCAAGAAGUUCACCACCAGCGAGGGAGAUCACUUGACCCUGCUCAACAUCUACAGAGCCUUCAAGAAAGUGAACGCCAACAAGGAGUGGUGUCGGGAGAACUUUGUCAACAGCAGGAACAUGAGCAUGGUUGGAGAGGUCCGUGCACAGCUACGAGAUAUCUGCCUCAAGCUGAGCAUGAAGCUGGAGUCGUGUGGGUCGGACACGGGGAGCGUGCGUCGCUGUCUGGCCCACGGUCUGUUUGUAAACGCUGCAGAGUUGCAGCCAGAUGGCAGCUACAUGGCCCUGGACACCCACCAGCCUGUAGCCAUCCACCCCUCCUCUGUCCUCUUCCAGGCCAAGCCCGCCUACGUGGUCUUCAAUGAGCUCCUGCACACCUCCAAGUGCUACAUGAGAGACCUGUGUCUGGUGGAUGCUGAUUGGCUGGUUGAGGCCGCACCUGAGUACUUCCGCCGGAAGCUCCGCCCCACCAAGAGCUAGCCUCUGAUUGGACAGAACUCUGGAGUGACAAGAGACUACGGUAGAGCCAAACCUAGCUUACCAGUGACACACCUGUUCCCCCCUCACCCCCAACCCAGUGACAAUACAACUGGAUGGAAGCAUGGUGCGAAGAAGAUUGACAUUCUACCCUUUCCUGUUUGCUGAAUCGCUAGUUUUUGUUUACACAAAGAUUCACAGCAUAGAAAGACUCUUCAGCACUCCUUGUGUUCCAGUCCAAGGCAGAACAUUUAGCAUUUGGACAGGUCUGAAAGAGAGAGGGGUCUGGGUUAGGGUUCUUCUGAGUGAUUUCUUCUACCUCUUCAUGGACAAGCAGCAUGUUUUAUUAGAGUAGACGUCUGCUGAACGACAAAAGAGCUAGAUUCCUCUGGCAUAUAGGUGGAUUGGUUGUUUAGCAACAAAAUGGGGCAAAACAGACGGGGUUGCCUUAGAUUGUUGACAUGUAAACUAUAGUUAGUCUCCAAUGUUUAUUGAAAACAUAAAUACAUUUGCACAAUGA